UACCAGGUAAUCGAAAUUUUGUUACAGUGAACGUACCUACUAACCGACUAACUGGUGAAAAUAACUAUGUGUGAUGUGAACGAAGAGACAAAACAUGUGAAAAUUGAUUUGGACAACGAUGAUGAGGACGAAGAUAAUGAUAAUGAUGGUCCGAAAAAGGGGAAAAAAAAUAAGCGGGCCAAGGAAGAACCUGAAGAGGAAGAGGAGCUCUCUCCAGAAGAGACAAUGGUAGUUGCUGAAGAUGAAGCCGACAUUGUGGCCACUAGAACAAGCAACUCUUAUGCUGCCAAAAAAACAGUUGCUCAAGGAAUGAUGGAUAUAGCUUUGAUAACCUCAAACGCAAACCAGCUUCGAUAUUUGAUGGAGUACGCCAGUGAAACAAAGACCUAUUAUUUGAAUUUAGUUCUGAUAUCAAUAUCACUGCUAUUACAGGUGGCUGUAGGGGUUUCUCUUCUAUUCAAAGGGCGGUAUCAGUUGCGAGGCGACCCGAAGCACAAGAACGUCUCGAAAAUCAACAACUUUUCGGUGAUCGGCGUUUUUCUGGUCACCUUGAUCAACGUGUUCAUAGCUAGCUUCACGAUGAGUGAGAAACAAGAGGCACCUAAGCCGGUACUGAAUCCAGUUGUGAUGUAUCCAUCAACAUAGUGAUAAAAAAUAAAAUCCGUUUCAUUUAUCGAGAUAAACAAAAAG